AUGACCAAGGCCAGUAUUCAGACAGUCCUAGCUCGAACUCGACACCGCAAAUGGCCAGCGCACACGCUAGCGCACAGCACCCGCGCUCAUAGCUCGACUUCAACGAACCAAGCACCACGGAGGCAAAACGGAAACAAAUGCCUCGUGUUUCACCAACCGCUCCGUCAUUCAACUGCUCCCCGUUUUUCGACCGCUGAAAGCUCACUUCACCAGCAACGACGCGAAAUUCAUCAUAUUUUCCCUCAACCCCAGCCGCUCAAGUUUCCGGAUGGAUACAACAGCCUUUUGCCCGUUGUUCUAACCGCAAACAACCUUGUCUUGCCCCCUGCUGCUGAAUUUCACCAUGGGUAUGGAAACGACCCGGACGGGAUUUACAAGAGUGGGAUUGAGCUGGGGUAUCAUGCGAACGGACGUCCGCUCAGAGUUGCUUCGAGGACGCCAUUAGGAGGGAUAACAGCCGAGGAACGCGUCGUCCCCUUUUUUAUAUCACACCAUCCUGCCGCACCUGUCACCCUCGAUAACGACCACAAUGACCUGAACCACGACCGAGACCUCUCCAGUGCCAAUUCCGGCGGUGAACCAGCAGCAGCCCUUAGUUCAGCCGAACUGCUAUUGCAUCGUCCUCCGCUUAGACCGGUUGGUUGGCUCAUCCCAGAAGUGGCCGCCGCCAUCUCUCGGGACCAUCUCAGACACUUUCAGAGGGACUCGGCAAGUCCUUGGGAUGUGAGAUACUUUGAGCCGGGUGAAAUUGAGGGUGUUGAUCAAGUCGGUCUGUCGGAGAGUGGGAGGAGGCAGAUGGUGAAGAGUGUUGCGUUUGCGGAUUGGGUAAAUGAAGGAGGGAGACAUGCGAGGACGUUGCACAUCGAGAGGCUUUUGUUGGAUUGGAAGAGGAAGAAGGUCUUUGGUGAGGUGUUAAGAGGAUGGAGUGAGGAACCCUACCCAGUUUUCAAUCACCCGGCACAAGGGAUAGAGCCUCUUGCGUUUGCCAUCGACAAGGCUGCCCUUUCAAUCUUCGGGCUGCCUAACUACGGUGCCCUCCUUACUGCUUACGUUCACGACCCUUCUACCAAUGAAACCAAGCUAUGGAUCCCCCAACGAUCCAAAACGAAGAAGAACUCUCCCGGACGACUGGACGUUACAGCCGGAGGUGGAAUGCGCCUUGGCGAUACCCCACUCUCGACAAUUCUACGAGAAGCAACUGAGGAGGCUCUUCUCGACAUAGACUAUCUCAACGAUUUCCUCAAACCGGUCGGAACAAUUCCGUUCCUCCACCGCUCUAGUAACCUCCCAUCCUGUCCCAAGCUCGUCGAAUCCACCACAUCGUCCAUCUCCAAACCACACACAUACUCCCUCUCCGAGCACCCGAGUAACCCCACCUCUCCACUCCAACAGCAGUAUAUACUACCGGGCCAUUAUUAUCUUUAUGAACUCUCGCUACCGGUCGAUAUGUCCGUCCGUCCUCAAACCAACCUACUCGAUGGGGAGGUCGAUUCCUUCCACCUUCUCCCAGUUGAACAAGUGCUGGAGAAUCUGGUCAAGGGCAAGUUCAAGAAGAGUUCCUCGCUUGCUAUCAUCGAUUUCUUGAUUCGCGGUGGAUGGGUUACCGAAGAGAACGAUGUUUUCUACGCCGAGGUUAAUAGGGCAUUGAGGGGAGGGUUGGGAGGCGCCGGAAGUGUUUCGGUCCCUUGGAGAACAGCCCAUUGA